AUGCUAGGCGGAAUCCGGUUUCGACCUAAAAGCUCAAGAUCCUCAUAUAGGGACGAGGGCGGCUUCUUGCCUGCUCCAGCCUCUUUUUCCCGCAUAAGAAGCAGCAAGGGAAACGCUUGGAUCCUUGUCCUUCUAGGGUUGUUCCUCUUCUGGGUGUUUGACCCCAUCUCCCUCUUUGCACCAAGGUUCACGUCGCCCGAUUAUCCAUCACCACAUCCAUUUGGAUCCCUACACACUAUUGGCUCGACCUCGAAGUAUUUGUAUCCCCCCAUCGAGGAUGCUCCUUUGUUGAGAGAGUUGGGACUCAGCAAACUCUUUAAAGAAACCAGAGUACGUGACGCUAACGUUCCCGAGGUGGAAAACACCGUGUUUCAUUCUUUAAAUGUGGACGAUGAUCCAGAUCCAGUGAAGCAGAAGGCUAAAGAAGAUACACAGAACCUCAUUUCGGCUCAUGAUCGAGCAAAAAAUGCCUUCAAAAAUCAAGAGAAAGUGGUGUACCGUCCAAAGUCUAAAGCAGACUAUCCUAAGGUAGUGAUUGUCACUGCUGUGGAUUUCCAAAUGUAUGGUUUGGAUUACUUGGCUAAGGUGGUGCAGAACAGAGUUAACUAUGCCCAUGCUCAGAACUAUGGUGUAUACGUGAGAUGGUAUCAAGAGUUCGUCCCCAUCUUGAACUCCAAACAGUUCUUGACUGCCAAAGAAAGAGCAAAGUGGGUUAGAUUGUACUGUCUCCGCGCAGCCAUGUUCGCAUUCCCCGAGGCCGAAUGGUUUUGGUAUCUUGACCAAGAUGGUUUGAUUGCUAACGAGAAGGUGAACCUCAUUGACUACUUGUUGAACAGAGACGACUUGAGUUCUUCAGCCAUUCGCGAGCAGCCAGUAAUCCCACCAUAUGGCCUCAUCAAAACCUACAAGACUUUACAGCCAGAGAAUGUCAGACUUGUGUUUACGCAAUCCGAGACCAAGAUUGAAACCAACUCGUUUAUUGUCAAGAACGACGUGAUUGGCAGGGGGAUCAUCGACAUUUGGAGCGACAAGCUUUUUUUGAACUACAACAAUUUUCCACACGGCCCAGACUCCGCCAUCACGCAUAUAUUGCAAUGGCAUCCGUUUGUCUUGAGCAAGACCGUGAUCGUUCCAGCGAGAAUGAUUAACUCCUUACAUUCGGAAGAGAAGCUACCAGAGAAUGCUAAAGGCAGUGAUUAUAUACAUUACUUCACUGGAGAUUUGGCUGUACAAUGGUCUUCUGUUGGGUCGCCAGAAGAAAGCGCAAAGCUCUUGAAAGAGUACACUAGCCGGGAUAAAAAGGCAGCACCUAAGUGA